AUGACACGCUGCUCCCACGAGCAGUCCCCCUUCCAGCUCCUUCACGGAGAGCCCCACAUUUUUGAAGAAGUGCUCGGCCUGAAGUUUCGCAUCUCUCCAGACGCCUUUUUCCAAGUAAACACGGCUGGAGCCGAAAUUCUGUACGAGGCAGUUGGGAGGCUGAGUCAGGCUGGUGGCGACACCGUCCUCCUCGACAUCUGCUGUGGGACAGGAACAAUCGGUCUCUCUCUGGCUCAACAAGUGUCCCACGUUGUUGGUAUUGAUGUGGUGGAGAAGGCAAUAGAGGAUGCCAGGUGGAACGCGGCGUUCAACGGAAUUUCCAACUGUGAGUUUCGCAGUGGGAAGGCAGAGGCUGUGUUACCACAACUCCUGUCGUCGUGGGAGGAUGCCCGACCCCUUGUUGCUGUAGUGAACCCAUCUCGAGCUGGACUCCAUUACAGGGUUGUGCGGGCCAUCCGGAACUGCAAGUCCAUCCGAAGGCUCCUCUACAUCUCCUGCAAGCCUGAGGGCGAAGCCAUGAGGAACUUCCUCGAGCUGUGCUGCCCACCUGACCCAGGGAAGAAGCUGGCAGGAGAGCCGUUUGCCCCCAUGCUGGCCAUACCUUUCGACCUGUUCCCUCAUACUGUUCACUGUGAGCUGGUGCUGCUGUUCACCCGCUGA